AUGGAUGUAGCAGAGCGUAGCAGCAGGUCGUCUGCGGUCGCAGACAUCUCUCCGGAUGGCGAUGUCGUUCUGAUCGUUGGGCCGGAGAAGAUACGGCUGAGAGUCUAUUCGCAAAUUCUCCGAUGUGCCUCGAGAGUCUUCAGCACCAUGUUCGAACCCUGCUGGAAUACGGAUCAAGACCAUUCCAAGGCAUUGCCGCGAGAAAUUCUCCUCCCGGAGGACGAUGGCCGUGCCUUCAGCAUCAUCUGUUGCGUGAUCCACCAUCGCAACGAUCUCGUGCCGGCGGCUUCGACAAUGUCGGCGAAAGGAAUCCUUCAAAUCGCUAUCGUGACCGACAAGUACGAUCUUCAUAUUGCCCUCAAAUACGCAAGUGGGCUGUGGUUGAGACCUGAGGUAGACUUUCUAAGUCUGAAAGCCGCGGGAUAUUUUAUAGCCACAGCCUUCUUAUUUAACGAUGCCGACUUGUUUGCAAAGGUGGCUCUGUACCUCACCAUUUCCUUCAAAGAAACUUACUUGGCACUUUUGGACAAUGAUCUUCUCAGUCAAUUUAUACCUUGGAAAGUUAUCUACAUUUUAGAAGAGCGAAGGAACCAGAUGCGAGCGGAAAUUGGUCAGUUGAUCAUCAGAGGAAUGAAUGGCCGAUGUGACUGCGGCUGGGGUGAAGAAAGCAGUGAGAAAUACGAGAAACUUAACCGCAAAUACGGGCCAUUGAAAAUGAUCGAGGUUCCCAUAUCUCACAUCAUCGAAAAGAUAAAGACGAUUACAAGUCACACGCAACGAUAUUAUAUCGAGCAAAAUAUCAACCAGUGGUGCGAGAAUCAUAAACCGAUCGACGCGAAUUCGCUUGACAGGCAGCUGAAGACUUUGAAAGACAAAAUGAGAAUUUGUCUCAGCUGCAUACGGACUUCUGGCACCACGACACUUUGCAAUCUUCAUUCAGCCGCGGCGGCGCCAUCAGCAGCAGGAGGAGGAUGA